GUGAAAGAAAUGAUUAUUUAUUAUAUACUCAUUUAAUUAAUUAAACAAAAUAUUAAAUGUAAUUUAAUAUUUUUCAGAUCGAAUGGGUAAUUCUACCUCAAAAAAUAAUUAUCACAAUAAUCAGAAGUAUACUAGUCAGUAUAGUCUUAGUGAUAUAAUUGGUGGAAGUUGCAUUGGAUCAACACAGUCUUCACAGAAAGAAAUUAAAUCAUGGUCUCGUGCUUCUUGCAGAAGCUGGAGCGAAGGCACAUUAAAUGACCCAUUAGGUACUUCAAAGACAUCAUGGCCUGUAUCGCGUACUCAGGCUAUGUUUCUUCCAGAAUUUCAAAUAAAACAAAUACCUUUACAACAUGCUUAUACAUUUGUAAGCAUAAUAGCCAAAGGAGCUUAUGGAAAAGUAUAUAAAAUUCAAAAACAAGAUACUGGACAAUUUUUUGCUUUAAAAAUAAUUAAUAAAGCAAAAGUUGUUGCCGAAAAUGGUAUAAUGCAAGCUAAACAAGAAGUAUCUAUACAGAGAUUAGUUGGUCACCAUCCAUUUAUAUUAGAUUGUUCUCAUAGAUGGCAAGGAAGAAAAACAUUGUAUAUAUUAACUAAUUAUAUUGGAGGAGGAGAAUUAUUUUCAUUAGUCGAACAAUGUGGUUCUUUGCCAGAAAAUAUAGUUAGAAUAUAUGUAGCAGAAAUUGCUUUGGCAAUUGAUUUUUUACACAAUGCUGGUGUAGUACAUAGAGACAUAAAAGCUACAAAUGUUUUAUUAGAUGAGGAAGGUCAUGCUGUAAUUAUUGACUUUGGUCUUGCAAAAUGGUUAAAUCACACAGAAAGAACACAUACGCUUUGCGGAACUCCGGAAUACAUGGCACCAGAAAUAUUCAAUAGACAAUAUUAUGGUCAAGAAGUUGAUUGGUGGUCAUUGGGAGUAUUGGCUUGUUUUAUGUUUACAUAUCAGUACCCGGCCAGUGCAUCCAGUGAACUUUUGCCAGAGAACAGAACUAAUACUAGUUCCGCACCACCUGGUACUCUACCAUCGAAUGCGGAAAAUAUUUCACCAGCUGCGAAGGAUCUGUUGAAACGACUACUACAACCGGAUCCUUGCUUGAGGUUGAGGUCUCUGUUAAGUCUACAGAGGAUUGCUUUCUACAUGGGUUAUGAUUUGCACAGUUAUAUGCAAAAGAAGGAAUCUCCGUUCCGUCUGCUAGGACGAAAAGUCGAUAUUGAGCAGGAGAGAAGGAUCAAAGAAUUCUCCACGUUCAAUUCCUCUUUGGCAGACAGUAUAUCUCGUGGUGAAGAUCGAUGAUCUGAUCAAUGUGAUUGUUAGCAACAUUGUCUUUAGUCAGCUAUAUUGAUAGAAUGCCAUAAUGAUUUUGGCCAAAAAAAUGUUCCCUAGUUUUUUAUUUCAUUUUAUUUUAUUUUUUUUUUUAAUGUAGCUUUUUUAAUGUUAGCUUGUUGCUCGUCGUAGAUUUAUAUCGAGCAACGUCGUCGAUGCCAUCCAUUACUUUUUAAGCGAAUCAACUUAACAACUGGAUUUUUGAACUAUCUAUAUAUUACGUUAUAAUUCGAAGAUCGAUAUAUUUUUUUAACUAUAUAACUCGUUGUAAAAUAUGAAUCUCUUUAUCUCCUCUGGUGCUAUUUUUUGAAGAAAAUUGUUGCGAAGAAUUCAGAGAUUUUUUUAUCGUAUAUUUUUAAGAAUAAAUUGCGAAGCUUUUGUACCGUGAAAAUGUUUAAUGUAUAAUGAGUCAAUGUGCGGUUGUAGCUUCUGUGUGCAGUGUUGUACUGCUUUAUACCCCAUAUCGUGGUGAUAAUGCAUCGUGUGAAAAUAAAAAAUAAAACACAUGAAAGUAAAAUGUAUAUCCAAUUAUAAAAUUAUAAAAAUAAAAUAUCUUUAUGAAUGUGCAAUUUCUCGAGUUUUUAUCUUUUAUCCCUACCUUUUACACCAGAAUGCUGCUCGACAACUUAAUGAAUCCUAUUGGAAUUAUGUUUCAGGAGAGUAUGUCGUGAGAAAUUCGCGGUUGGUCUCAGUUUACAAAAGUUUUAAUUUUUUUAAGAAUAGUUAACAGUAUUUUUGUUACAGUAUUUCAUCGAUAAUACAAUAAAUUGCGAUAAAUCGUAGUGCGUACAAACUAACAACAAAAAACAAAACGAAUCUGGAUCGAAAAACGCAGCGUCUUUUCUUUUUUUUUUUCCUCAUCUUCUUCAUCUUAUUCGUUUCUUCAUUUUGAAAUCAAUCAUGAGAACAGUUUCUUUUUCUUUUUUUUAUCGUUUCAUUUUUCUUCCCCAUUUUGUAUCCAUGAAUGUACGUUUUAUCUUUUUUUUUUUUCUUUUUUUUAAAUCUUUCUUUUUGAAGAUUUGAAGAUUGCUUCGUCUUCGUUCAUUUUUCGUGCGUUUCAAUUUUUCAAUUUUUUUCGCUUUUUGUUCCUUCUUCAUAGACGUUGGGAGCGGGAGACAGUUUCCUUUUCCCCGGAGUGCAAUCAAUCGAAGUUUUUAUGGUAUAAUAAUAAUUAUAUAUACAUUAUUAUUCUUACACUUAGAGGGUUUCUCGAUAUAUAAUACAACGCAUUCCUUCAUAUUACGUCCCGAAUGACGCGUCGGCAAGCGAUCACUGGUCGAAUGUUUCUUUCUCACGCUUGAAUAAAACACAAAUACAUAUAUAUGUAUAAAAAAAAAAAGAAAAAAAAGGUACAACAUUAUUAAAAAAAAAAAAAAAACAAUAAAUCUUUGACAAAAACACCCCUCAAAAAUGAUACAAUUAAUUGUAAUUUGAAGGAUCAUAACAAAUCUCUGUUCAAAUAACAUUUUUAAAAGAAACAAUUUUAAAAAAAAAUAAGACUCGUCUUUUAAAAUAUAAAAUUUGAAGAAAAUCACGUUUUUUAUCAUUCAUUCGAUUCACGCGACAAAUUUGUUUUAAACAAUAAUAAUAAAUAUAGAUAUACGAUAAUUUUAUCAACAGCCAAUACGCGUAUAUAAAAUAUAUAGACAAGUCGAUUAAAAAAACUCAAUGUUCGAUUAAAAGGGAAUAAAAUAUAUAAUUAAAAUGUUUCAUGCUUAUAAAAUCAAUGAGAUCGUGCAAUUUUCGACGUGCCAGGGAUCGUUCGCGGGACGCGUCCGCGUUUUACAAAAUUCGCCAUCCGCGAAAAGCCGGCGAAAACACACGUUUGUCCCCGUAUUAUUUAUUUUCCUCGGCAUAAAACCGAGCCCUUCGAGGAGGCACGGUUAAUCGCCGGCUGAAUUUCGCGCACUCGACUUCGUUUACAAAAUCGAAACGAAAUUCAAUAAUUACGUCUAUUUUUUUUUCUUUUUUUUUUUUAUAUAACUGCUUCCACUCCGCGAAUCGCGGAGUCGUUUUGGUAAAAAUCCUUUGGGCUAGCCGCAGACACUGGUCUCGCGCCAUUUUGUUCUCUUUUGUUUCGGUCUCUUCGUCUAUAUUUCUUCCCUCCCUCUAACUCUAUUUUCCACCACAGAAGAGGGAAGAGACCGUUUCAGAUUCUUCUCGUUUUUUGCUACUUUUUCUUUUUCUUUUUUUUUUUUUUUAAAUUGUUCGAAAAUCCGCCCGGUGAAUAAAUUGUUUCGUAAUUGGAGAGAUCAAGGUUGAGCAGAAGUGAGGAAAAUCGCGAGACCAGCGACUGAAAGCCGUGAAAAGCCCGUUCGUAGCUACGAGGGUGCUUCUCUUAGCGAUCACAAUCGAUCACUAAAUCGGUUUGCACGUGAUUAAUCGGCAUACAUACGCUCUUCCGCUCGCAUUCUCUCGCUCUUUCAUUCCGCUUCACGCUCCCUUAAAUUACGAGUUAUCUUAUUGUUGUUACUGUUUUCUUCGUUAUUGUUUAAUUAUAGCGCACUAUCGUAAGAGAUUAUGAUACAAGUAGAAUCGGCCGUGUCUGCCACGGCCACCGCGACAAUUUCUUUUUACAGCCUCACUUCAUUUCCCCCUCUUUUAGUUCCACCUUCUCGCUGUGUAGAUGGCGCCCUCGAGUUAACACGCUCCGCGCAAAUUCUCUCAAGUUUGGAUUCAUUUGGCAAACGACGCUUUUGGAUAGUUUAACUUAUUUUUUUUUUUUAUCCCUUUUCAAUCGAGAUAUGGUUGUCAAACAUUUAAAGCGACAUGGUCAAGGAUUUUAUCUUUAGAAUUCUUUGAAAAAAUUUACGAAUAAUUUAUAAAUUUAUAAAUUUUAAAACAGACACCAAUAUCCCUUAUAUCUCUAUCCCUUUAUAAUUCUUUCUCUUUUCCAAAUAUUUUUUAUCGUACUUUUAAAAAUGAAGAGAUAGAAUCCUAAAAUAUAGAAUCCUCUUCUUUUCAAUACUUUCAACAAACAAAUCAAAUAGCAAAGGUUAAAUGUUCGUAACGUCAAUUAGUUAAUUUAUACACACGCACACACGUUGUUACACGUUGUACUAUAAUUAGAUUAUCGCAAAUAUCCGCGGAGCGUGAAGAAAUCGAGGAUACCUGUAGAAGAGCAAAUCGAAAUUGCACAAAUGGCAAAGAUGGCUGAGAGCAAAAAAGUGAAUGGCGAAUUUCGAUGGAUUCGAUCGAUCGAUGGAUCGAUCGUGGCAGAGACAUUCGUUAAUAUGAGAGGAUAAUCUUCGUUGCGAGAAGGGAGUAAUCUGCAUUUUCGGUUUGCUCUGGGAAAACGUGGGAACGUUCUCGUUCGACCAUCGCGAACGAUCGACACGAAAAGUGACGCUUAUCAGCGCUGACAAAUUAUCUUUUCAUCGCGCCUCUCCUACGCAAAUCAUGCUACAUAAUAAUAAUAAUAAUAAUUAUAAUUAUAAUAAUAAUAGAAUAAUAAUUAGAGAAUCAUAAUAAUUCGAAUAUAAUAAUAAUAUAAUAAUAAAAAUAAUAAUAAUCACGCAGACUGGACAGGGCGCGGCGAAAAUAUCCAACAAUUGUUCAUCCGGUUCGCUUUUAUUCGCAAAAAAUUUUUUCUCCCUUCCUCUUUUUCUUCUUUUUCUUCUUCUUGUUUCUUUCUUUCUUUUUUUCUUUUUUUUUGUACACAAAAUACCAACUAUCUGUGCUGGAAAACGCACAUACUGCUUGUACGCCUCGAUAUAAUAAUAUAUAUAUAUAUAUCUAUGUAUAUAUGUAUAAUAUUUAUAUAUGUAUAUGGUGUGUAUCGCUCGCGUUAGGGCGUCAUUUUUCUUCAUUAUCUUUUUUUUUUUCUUUAUCCUCGUUUAUCUAAUAUCAAAUAUUUAUAAGUAUAUUCACUCGUUUCUGCCAUGCGUAAUAUCGUUUUAGCGUGUAGCGUGGUUCACUACUGCGAUGUGUUUUACAAUGCGCUCUCUUUUUUAUCUUUGAAUCUUUUUUUUCCCUUUUUUUUUUUUUUUUUUUUUUUUCUUUAAAUCAUUCGUCACGCCUAAAAAAUCGCCUCGUCUCCUCUCUCGGUUUAAUUAUUUACAAUUGUUUAUAUUUAUUUAAAUCGUUAUAUGUUUCGCUUUUCGUGUUUUGUACACGUCGCUCCUAAAUCAUCCGUCCUCGAGAGUGGCUCCUCUACGACGAAAAUGGUGGAAAAAUUAUUCGGGGAAAGAAAGAAAAAAAAAUAUAUAUAUAUAUAUAAACAAAAAACAAAAAAAAAGAAAAAAAUAGAGGAAAAAAGUAAAGAAAGGAAAAUGAGAAAACGUCGUCGAGUAGAAUUUCACAUUUGUUCCAUGCUCUCUCCUCGACUUUUUUCCCCAUUUUCACUCUCGUCCUCAUCCUCCUCCUCCUCCUCCUCCUC